AUGCCGAAACAACAACUCCGAUCCAGAGGCGGCUGUCGAGAAUGUCGUCGCAUGCAUCGUAAAUGUUCGGAACAACGACCGAGCUGUGAAUAUUGUUCGAGCACGGGCAAGCAGUGUUCUUAUGACAAAGUCCUAAAAUGGGGCGGACGCUCCUUCAAGAAGUCUUGUUUCGGUCAGGUGCUUUCUACUGGAGCCGUGAUCAAACAGUCCGAGGAGCGCUCCGGUUCUAAUGCUCCUUACCAGCAGCCCUUUGUCUAUGGCCCAGGCGCUGAUGAUACUGCAACGGGCGCAACCAUUCUGGCAGCGACGGAUCCUGCACAGAUCUCGGGACUUCCAAUUUUGACUGGAGCUUCCCACUCGAAGCCGCCUUUAUUCAACGGCGAUGUCAGUCGUGACCAAGCUGCCUCUAGUCCAUCCGACGCCUCUCCUGAUGCUGAAUCUGCCUACAUCCCCAGUCCCUCCGCCCCCACGGUAGCCUCGAACGGCCCCUUAAACGAUACCGACCCCGAUGUUGAUGAUGUAUCUUGCGAUACCACACCAGACGCGGCUAACGUAGACUCGUGUCGAGACCUUGUGCUUGGUGUCACUCCACGAGAUACAACAAGCUCGGUCGACCUCGAAGUGAACCUCGACUGGCUGCCAUGGCUAUCCAAAGUCGACCGCUCGCUACUGAAUCACUUCACGUUGACUGUGACGAGCUACUUGUCUCUUCAUCAGACCAUGCAAAACGACUUUUGCACGGUACUCCUGCCGAUGGCCCUCGACACCUCACACGGGACACAUCUGCUUUCCGCCAUUCUGGGCCUGGCAGCAAUUCACCAAAUCUCUCUUGGUUCCUACAACGAUGAGGCUUAUCUUGCACAGCUUCGGUAUACCAGUCUUCAACAGCUUCGGCUGCAGAGCAUUGGUCACAGCGCAGCGCUGGACGAACAGUCCAUUGCGACCGCCCUGACUCUAUGUUUGUGCGAUAUCUUAGCGGGCGGUGAAAAGCCCAAGUCGUGGAGACUGCAUCUACAAGGUGCCGCUACAAUGAUCAGGACGUACUUUUCGAGACAUCCGCCUAACUCAGGGAAUAUUCUGGUCCUCUGGCGAUGGUGGAAGUCACUUCAAUCAUUAUCCGUCCUUCUGGGUAAUCCCACGCCCGAAGUGAACACAAAAUCAACUCUGACUCUGGAACCAUCAAACCAGAAUCACUACAUCGAUACCUACGACGGCUUCUCAACGAAAUUGCAUCCAGUGAUCGAGGAGGUUGACAUGCUCAAUGCCGAAAGUCAAGCUCUUCAGAAACUAGAAACAACGUUGGGCCAUGAGGAGUCAUCGGUCAAGGUCUUGCGAAAUGCGCAUUCGACGAGAUGCGGCACACUUAUUGAGAAGAUCAGUGCCAUGAUGGAUGAUCCUGUAACUGAACUGGAUCCUGCCAGCUCUUCACCCACUCCGUUCGACCCUUCCUCGGAUUACUUCUCACUCAACGAAGCUUAUCAUCUCGCUGUGAUGCUGCAAGUCUACCAAAGAGCCAUGAACUUGACCAUCACAGACACCAGGGUACAAGAAGUGGUGAAAAGAGGAAUCAAUUGUCUGAGGAGCAUCACCUUGUACGGUUUUGCGUCUCCGGGAGUUGCGACGUUGCAACCACUUUUCAUCUUUGGAUGUGCUGCUCAUGAAGAGGAGGACCGCCAGUUUGUCAUGGACUGGAUUGAGAGAAUGAGACGGACCUAUUCGCUGCGUAACACGGAUUCUGCAAGAGAAUUCUUGUUGGAGCUUUGGCAGAGAAGAGACUCUAUGGGCUCCAUGGGCGCUCAGCUACAGUACCAUCAGUUGCUCGCUGAAAAAGAUUGGGACUUGUCCUUAUGGUGA